AAAAGCUACGGCCUCUGCUCCCACCGCCACCGGUCCCUUUCAAACGCUGAUAUUGAUAGACAGAUAUUUGGGCGGGAAAAUCCAUACCCAACAGAAUCGAGGGCAAGUUUCAGUAACCAAUGGCCGGGCGCGGCGUCACCGUUCUGAACGUGGCGGAGAAGCCCUCAGUCGCCAAAUCAGUGGCCAACAUACUUUCAAGGAACCAAGGCCUAAGAGUAAGAGACGGUCGCUCUCGCUACAACAGGAUCUUCGAGUUCAACUACACCAUUCGCGGCCAACCCUGUCACAUGCUCUUCACCUCUGUCAUCGGCCAUCUCAUGGAACUCGAAUUCGAAGACCGUUACCGUAAAUGGCACUCUUGUGACCCCGCCGAUCUCUACCACGCUCCUGUUCGUAAGUCUGUUCCCGAGGACAAGAAAGAUAUAAAGAGGACACUAGAGGAAGAAGCUAGGCGGUGUCAGUGGCUUGUUUUGUGGCUCGAUUGCGAUAGGGAAGGUGAGAAUAUUGCGUUUGAAGUUGUUGAUGUGUGUACUGCUGCAAAUCCUCAUCUCACCAUCAAGAGAGCUCGUUUUUCUGCAUUGAUCGACAGGGAAAUCCAUCAGGCUGUGCAGAAUCUUGUUGAGCCUAAUAAAUGGUUUGCUGAUGCCGUGGAUGCUAGGCAGGAAAUAGAUCUUCGUAUAGGCGCUUCUUUCACCAGAUUCCAGACCAUGUUAAUGAAAGAUGCUUUUAUCAUAGAUACUAUUACAGAUGACAGAAAUAUUAUCUUGAGUUAUGGCCCUUGCCAGUUCCCUACGCUUGGAUUUGUUGUGGAGAGAUAUUGGGAGAUACAAGCACAUGAACCAGAAGAGUUUUGGUCAAUCAAUUGUUCUCAUAGAUCAGAUGAAGGCGUUGCUAAUUUCAGCUGGGGGCGGGGGCAUUUGUUUGAUUAUACAUGUGCUGUGAUAAUAUAUGAGAUGUGCACCGAGGAACCAACUGCAACUGUGACAAAUGUUAGACAACAGGAAAAGCUGAAGUAUCCUCCCCAUCCUCUGAGUACUAUUGAGCUUGAGAAGCGGGCUUCUCGAUACUUCCGUAUGAGCUCUGAGCACACAAUGAAGGUGGCAGAAGAACUGUACCAAAGUGGUUUCAUCAGUUAUCCUCGUACAGAAACUGACAACUUUUCUUCAAGGACUGAUUUGCAUGCAAUUGUGCAAGAACAACAAGGGCAUCCUCAAUGGGGAGUAUAUGCACAGCGAUUGUUGGACCCCGAGGCAGGACUUUGGAGAAACCCUAGAGGUGGCGGACAUGAUGACAAGGCUCAUCCACCCAUCCACCCCACUAAAUUUUCUGCUGGAGAAUCAGGAUGGAGCCAAGACCAUCGUAAACUGUAUGAGUUGGUUGUUCGCCACUUCCUGGCAUGUGUCUCAAAGCCGGCUGUAGGAGCUGAAACCACAGUGGAAAUUGAUAUUGCUGGUGAGCUAUUUUCUGCAUGUGGGAGGGUGAUUCUAGAGAAAAACUACUUGGAUGUCUAUCAAUAUGAAUCUUGGGGGGGAUCAAUCAUUCCAACAUAUACAAUUGGUCAACAGUUCAUUCCAACAACAUUGACCCUCGAUUCAGGAGUAACCAGACCGCCUCCUCCUCUGAGUGAAGCAGAUUUGCUGAGUUGUAUGGACAAGGAGGGUAUUGGUACUGAUGCUACAAUGCAUGAUCACAUCAAGAAACUGCUUGAUCGAUUUUAUGCAACUAAGGAUGCUAGUAUGCGUUUCACACCAACUAAUCUGGGUGAGGCACUUGUUAUGGGAUAUGAUGACAUGGGGUAUAAACUAUGGAAACCAUAUCUUAGAGCAGUUAUGGAACGCGACAUGAAAUCAGUAAGUGAAGGGACUAAAAGCAAAACUGAAGUUUUGGAUACUAGCUUGCAGCAGAUGAAAGCUUGUUUCCUAGAUGCAAGAUUAAAUAAAGUGAAACUGUUAGAAGCCAUGGGAAUAUUUUUCGAAAGAUCUAAUAGAUCUGGAGGCGAGGAGCAGAAUGCAAUUGGAGAAGUUGUUCGACGGUGUGGACUUUGCCGAGAAUCAGAUAUGGUGCUAAAGAAAAGUCGAGAUGGCAAUUUUAUGGUUGGAUGCUUGGGGUUCCCUCAGUGCAGGAAUGCUGUCUGGCUCCCUGGAUCAGUAUCAGAAGCGGUUGUGACCACCAAUACUUGCAGCAAUUGCACUCCCGGUCCUGUUUAUCGGAUUCAAUUCAAGUUUCGACAGCUGGAAAUACCACCAAACUACGAUGUGAACCAUUUGGGUUGCAUUGGUGGCUGUGACGAGAUUCUUACACAGUUGACAGAAAUAUGUGGCACUGGCCCUCGCAUGCCAGCAAGACCUAGAGGACCAACUACGUCAACCGGCAAUGCCCAUCAUACUAACCCAAGGCAAGCAGUUUGUAUGAACUGUCAAGAAACAGGGCAUUCUUCUAAUGAUUGUCCUUCACAGACUCUACGCUCCAGGAAUGCCCGACAACAUGGAAACGUAAUGAACCAACAAAGUGGAGAAGCUUCUGUUUCAUGCAACUCGUGUGGAACACCAUGUGUUUUGCGAACUGCAAAUACAGCAAAUAACCGGGGAAGGAAGUUCUACUCGUGUCCAUCACAGGAGUGCAACUUCUUUGUAUGGGAGGAUGACCUCAACAGUGGCACUGGAGGUGGAAGUUUUACACGAUCAAAUAGUAUUCCAACAUCCAACCGUGGUCGAAAUGGUCGAAACGGUGGCCGUGGAGCUCGUGGUAGGGGUCGGAAUGCAUCUUCAUCUUCUAAUGUGACAUUUGUGUCAGCAACUGGGGAUCCUAUUUCUGGUAGAAGGUGCUUUGUGUGUGGUGAUCCUUCUCACUUUGCUAAUGUCUGCCCCAAUCGUGGAGGCUGAUGUCUCUUGAUGAUUCUUAUCAGCCGCGUGGAAGGAAAUCUUGGCGGGGCAUCCAGAACCUCUAUUUUGAAUGUUCUUUACAAGCAUUAUACGGUAAUUUUGUCAAAUGUUUUAGCAAGCAUUAAGAUAUUUUGUACUGGUUCUAAUAUGCCAAUGUGAACUGUCGGCUAUUUUUCUUUAUUCAUUCGUUCAUCAUCAUCUUUGGUAUAAAGGAACUUGUAGAAUUUGCUUGAUCAAAAUCAUGAAUCAUUGAGGAGUCGAUUUUAUUGGAAUUUUUUAGGGUAGGGGUGAUAUAAUCCCCGAAUUCCAUUACUCAUGGAAUACAUGCCCUGGAAAACAUCUAUAGGGGUUGUGAUGUAACAAAGAGGACAUUGGGACUUAUGAUUCAUGUCAACAGUCUUUCUCGAUUACGUCAUGAGUAAACAAAACAUUAUAUUUUACGGGACUAAA